UUUAAUCAAGAGCCAUGAACAAGCUCUUCCAUUGCUAGUGUGUGUGUAUACAGUAUACGUAUCCUCAAAGCUAUUGAAGUUAAAAGCAAUUAAACAGAGUGUGAAAAUGCAGGGCGGGAAGAAUGCAGCGGGGACUGUGAAGGAAUCGACAGCCAACAUAAGCGCCUCCGCUAAGGCUAGCGUGGAGAAUACCAAGGCCACCGUAGAUGGGCAGAUGGAAAACAUGAAAGCACGCCCGAUGUCAACCUUACCUGGACAUGGCUCUGUCCAGCCUGUGGUGGGGUUCCACCCCGUUGGCACCGGCACCGGCACUGGCACUGGUGGCACAGGAAGGAACGACAUAACUCACUAAGUUUAAUGUUUUUGUACCUUUUUUUUUUUCCCGCAUGUUCUCUGGGUGACCUUACAUGCUAUUAUGUUAACGUUGUAGUUGGGUGUUCCGACGUUUGAGUAAAAAACAAAUGAUUAUCCAUUGUUGAAGUAGA